GGCGGGGGGCGCGGAGGGCCGGCGGCGGGCGCUGCCGGGGCUCCGAUUCGGCCGGGAGGCCUCCGGGGAGUCGGGACGGGGCCGGGCCGGCCGGCGGGCGUGGGGAGAGGAGGCCACCUGCGGCCAUUUCCCUGCCGGCCGCGGGCGCUGUCCUCCGGCCGGCGGCCUCUGAGGGGCUGGCCGCGCAGCUAUUUCUGGAAAGAAGAAACAUGGAAAGUGGUGCGGUUCUGCUGGAAUCCAAGUCCUCACCCUUUAACCUUCUGCGUGAGAUGCACCAGCUCCGCCUUCUGGGUCACCUGUGCGACGUGACUGUCAGCGUGGAGUACCAGGGUGUCCGUGAGGAAUUCAUGGCCCACAAGGCAGUGCUGGCUGCCACCAGCAAGUUUUUUAAGGAAGUGUUCCUUAACGAGAAGACUGUGGAUGGUGCCAGGACUAAUGUCUACUUAGACGAAGUACAGGUUGCUGACUUUGCUUCUUUUCUUGAGUUUGUCUACACCGCAAAAGUGCAGGUGGAGGAAGACCGGGUGCCGCGAAUGCUGGAGGUGGCCGACAGGCUGAAGUGCUUGGACUUGUCCGAAACUUGCUUUCAGUUGAAGAAACAAAUGUUAGAAUCUGUACUUCUGGAGUUGCAGAAUUUCUCGGAGUCUCAGGAGGUAGAAGGGAGCGGUGGCUCCCUGGUCGCUGCUGCCACCGUCCCUGACCCUCGGGAAGGGGUGGCUGUGGAUGGCCCUCUCGCCAACGGCCUCGCAGGUUCCCCAGAUCCCCCGAGCGAGAGAGUGAGCAGUGGCGUGCCGCCAGGCGCGUGCCCGAGGAAGCCCAAGGACAAGCCGGACAAGAGAAGAGAGGCCGCCAAGCCUCCCUACCCUAAGGUCAGGAGGGCGAGCGGGAGGCUGGCUGGGAGAAAGGUGUUUGUGGAAAUCCCUAAAAAGAAGUAUACCCGGAGGCUCCGCGAGCAGCAGAAGGGAGUGGAGGAGGCCGGGGGGGACCCCGGGUGCCCCCGAGACCCCAGCCCGGACACCGUGGCAACAGAGAAGGAGCCGGUGACCAAAGACGAGGACGGCAGUGCUGGGGCAGAGGCUGAGGGAGAGCUGCCGAGGGCGGGGCCCGGGGAGGAGGAGGAGGAAGAGGAGGAGGAGGAGGACGGGGCUUCGGCGGGGGCGAGGAGGAGCGGCUUCCAGUGCACCGUCUGCGAGAAGGCCUUCCUGUACGAGAAGAGCUUCCUGAAGCACGUGCGGCACCACCACGGCGUGGCCACCGAGGUGGUCCACCGCUGCGACACCUGCGGCCAGACCUUCGCCAACCGCUGCAACCUGCGGGGCCACCAGCGCCACGUGCACAGCAGUGAGCGCCACUUCCCCUGCGAGCUGUGCGGGAAGAAGUUCAAGCGGAAGAAGGACGUGAAGCGGCACGUGGUGCAGGUGCACGAGGGCGGCGGCGAGCGGCACCAGUGCCAGCAGUGCGGGAAGGGCCUGAGCUCCAAGACGGCACUGCGACUGCACGAGCGCACGCACACGGGCCACAAGCCCUACGGCUGCACCGAGUGCCAGGCCAGGUUCUCGCAGCCCUCGGCUCUGAAGACCCACAUGAGGAUUCACACAGGGGAGAAGCCUUUUGUCUGCGACGAGUGUGGCGCGAGAUUCACUCAGAACCACAUGCUGAUUUAUCACAAAAGGUGUCACACAGGUGAAAGACCUUUUAUGUGUGAGACGUGUGGCAAGAGUUUCGCUUCUAAGGAGUAUUUAAAACACCACAAUAGAAUCCAUACUGGGUCCAAACCCUUUAAAUGUGAAGUUUGUUUCAGGACUUUUGCGCAGCGGAACUCACUUUACCAGCACAUUAAAGUCCAUACAGGGGAGCGUCCCUACUGCUGCGACCAGUGCGGGAAGCAGUUCACGCAGCUCAACGCCCUCCAGCGGCACCACCGCAUCCACACGGGGGAGAAGCCGUUCAUGUGCAACGCGUGCGGACGGACGUUCACCGACAAGUCCACACUGCGGCGGCACACCUCGGUCCAUGAUAGGAAUACCCCAUGGAAGUCUUUCCUUGUCAUUGUAGAUGGCUCCCCCAAGCAGGACGAGGGGCCCAAGGCCGAGCGGCCUGACGGAGAGCAUGCGCCGCCCCCGCUCCCAGGCACCCUGCUGUCUUUCGCGGAAAAUGGCCGCUUCCACAACCUGGCCGCCAUCCAGGGCAGCACACCUGCCGUGGCCGAGGACGGGCCUGCGGAGCCGGCCUGCAAGUCGGACACGGCCGGGGGCCCCCAGGCCGCACUGCUGGCCGCCGCCGUCGGCGGGCUCAGUGAGCUGACGCCCCAGACGGACGCGGGGCCCGCCCAGCUGCGCGCUCUGACCGACGGGGAGUAGCGCUCGGCCUUGCCGGGUAUGAGGGCUGGACCUGCGGUGACGUCGUGGCCAAGGAAGGAGCCGCAGGCCAAGCGGUGGGCAGGGACGGCUUAGGCGACCCUCCCGAGUUGUGCUGACACGCACGCCUGUCGCACCGUCUCUGAAGCUUCCCCUUAGAUGUCCUCACUGUGCGGUCUCUGUGACUUUGUCAAUGAGGUGGCCGACGCAGUGACUUCGCUCAGUCCUGCUGUCAUCACCCCGCUACCUGUUGUCCCGACGCCCACGACGCUCGCUAGCUGCUUGGCUACACCGCAGACACCGCACCCACCCGCUCCUGAAGCUGCCGCCACCCCCUGGCCUCUCCCUGCCGCAGGCUUCCGUGUGGCUUCACUUCGGGUGUGUUCCUACCACGCUGAAAUAAAACUGGGGCUGCGCAUUUUCAGCUGUUUCUUUCCUGUCAAAUUGAAGCAAAUCAGCUCUACUCGGGGGUCGGAGGGGAUGACGCGCCCCUCCCCAUGCCCGCUCCGCAGGCGCUGAGCCGCACCCUAGGCAGUGGCUGCUCACAGCAUCUGUGGCUACAAGUGUCAGAAAAUGGUGUUCGAAAUGAAAUGUGGCUGUUGGGUAUCAUUCCUAAAAAUCUGAUUCGGUAAAAGCUCUACCAAAGAUUGUAGCAGGAAACAGCCUAGUUUUUGCAGAGGGGUGCGAAAAAUUAUGCGAGGGGCUUGAACACUUGAGUUACUUUGUUCCCGAGUAGCGCCGAGGUGGCUGCAACAAAUCUAAGGACACAGGAUGCUGGAAUCUUGCUAGGUUUCUCUGACUUAAUCUCUGCAAUUUUGAGAAACCCAGACUGUCUCAUUUUCACAUCCAGGGCCUGACAGGCAAGUCCCAGGCCCCCAUCUGUCCCCCUGGGAGCACGUGCGGAUCUGCAGAAGGGACCAAAGGCUCGGCACACACUCCCCUGGGAUCGUGCCUUACGUAACUUGCCUUACACGCGCCCGUCGUCCCAGGCUGGCCUCCUGCAGCCUGGGUCUCAGUCCCCUGGGAGGGCAGGUCGCGUGUGCAAAGUGCUUUGACUCACAGGGGACCCGGGAAACACGUUCACUUAGAAAAAGAAUCCUUCUGUGUUCACUAGUUGUUUGUCUUUUAAUUUAUUAAACUUGCUGUGAAAACACUUCCAUUUUCUGAGAAAGGUACUUUCUGCGUGAGUCCAAGGCAGUGACAGCCACAGAAACGCUGGGAGUGCCCGGGUCACGCUCGGGCCGGGUCACUGCACCUCCCAGGACAGCGCCUCCCAGUGGCGUCUGCAGAACAGAAAAUAGCGACUCUCACGCUUUAUUCUCGCAGAGAGCCAGCCUGCCUGGCUGACGUAUACUGUUCCAUGGGGUGGACUCAUCUUAACAAGAAAUUUAAAUAGAUUAUUUUGUUACCUACUGAAGAAUUGUCUUUGUUUCUUUAGGAAGUCUACAAAAAUUUAGUUUAAUGUGUUAAUAAAUGUUUGUUUUGUAAAAAGUU